GUGAAAUUAAUAAGUAAAUUAUUAUGAAAGUUUGAUGUUUAGAUCACCUUUAUAUGUAAUCCUUAAAAAAAUGUAAGUAAUGACAAAAAAGGUAUCAUUUGAGGGAUGUUACAAGAGAAUCUUAACAAGAGACCUUUUGCAAAAAUUAAUUAAAACAUGAUUGGUUAUACAUAAAUUGUCGUUUUCGAGGAAAAAUUUCAAUUCGAUCACAAAAUUUUUUAAAAAUUACCCUACUCAUUCUGAUAAGAUGCUUAAAUAAUUCUUUUAAUGAAAAAACAAAUUCAGAUUGGAAAUAAUGACAAUUUUGAUAAAAUAAUAAAAAUGAAUAA